AGAAAGUAGAACACAAUUGAGAUGGAACUACAAAAUUCCACUAAAGUUAUAAAAGCAGCAAAACCCAGGACAAGGAAAUGCAGCAAGGCUGGUGACUUUGGUGAUAUCACAAACUGGCCAACACCAAGUGAAAUAGCAAACAAUGAAUGUAAGAGUGUAAGUCACAGUAAGAAGCCAACAAAUAGAAGAGAAAAGGAGGAGAAAUCUGAUCAAAAAAGCAAUAAUGGAAUCAAGGACAACCCAGAGGCAAAGCCAGAUGGUCCAGGAGAUAAUAUUAGUGAAGAUGAAGCUCAGACUAAUAACCAAAGGAAAAAAGGUAACAGGCAGAAAUGGGUGCCACUUCACUUGGAUGAUGUAAGGUCAGACAGUCAAGAAAGACCAGGCUCUCGAACUAGCUCAAGAUUUCCGCUGGAAACAAACAAGUUAAUACCUCAUAACAACAGACGGAAUGAGACAAGAAAUUGGCGUCGUGACAGAGAGAAGAGAGAUGAUCAUGAUGAAGUGUGCAGCGUGAGAAGUGAGGGUAGCAGUGUUCGAGGGUUUUCCAGAGGCAGAGGAAGAGGACGGGGCAGAGGAAGAGGACGAGGCAGAGGAAACCCUAGAAUGAACUUUGACUAUUCAGUUGGUUACCAAGAACUGUAUGGUGAAGGAACUGACCAAGUAUUUCAACCUGAGCUUAAUGCUAGCGUGAUGUAUUACUAUGGUGAUGGAACAGGAGUGCAGGUGUAUUCAGUGGAUGAAGCACUUCUCAAAGAAUAUAUAAAACAUCAAAUUGAGUAUUAUUUCAGCACAGAAAAUUUGGAAAGAGACUUCUUUCUGAGGAGAAAGAUGGACCAACAAGGAUUUCUGCCUGUUUCAUUGAUUGCUAGCUUCCGUCGCAUGCAAGCUCUGACUACAAAUGCUGCACUCAUUUUGGAGGCCCUAAAGGACAGUACAGAAGUUGAAACUGUGGAUCAGAGGAUAAGAAAAAGGGUUGAUCCAGAAAAGUGGCCAAUUCCAGGUCCUCCUCCAUGCAGUCUGCCACCAACUGAUUUUUCUCAGCUCAUCAAUUGUCCAGAAUUCAUACCAGGCCAAAUUUUUGGCUCACAUACUGAGUCUGCACCAAGUUCUCCAAGAAUGGGGAGCCCGCUGAGUCCAAAGGAAAACACUGAAACGAGUAAUUUUCAGACAAUGUCUAAAGGAUUGUCCACAAGUUUACCUGAUUUGGACUCUGAACCUUGGAUAGAAGUGAAGAAGAGGCAUCACGCAUCCACGGUCAAACUAAAGGAAAGUGUUCCUAUAGCUGAUCAAACAUCAGAUCAACAGCAGCCACCCCCACCUCCAGAGGAACAAGAACAAGAAGAACUUGAUUUUUUGUUCGAUGAAGAGAUGGAACAAAUUCAGGGUCGGAAGAAUAAAUUUACUGAUUGGUCAGACAGCGAUUCAGAUUAUGAAAUUGAUGAUCAGGACAUAAACAAGAUUUUGAUUGUAACACAGACACCACCAUAUAAGACAUCAGAACUUGCUAAGGUUAUUAAUGAUGGCUUAUACUACUAUGAACAGGAUUUGUGGAUGGAGCAGAGUGAAAAUGACACUAUGAUGAAGCAAGAGAUAGAGAACUUUAAGAAGCUAAAUCUCAUUAGUAAGGAAGAAUUUGAUAAUCUUGCACCAGAACCAAUUGCUGAUCCAACCCAAGAAGUUCCUUCAGGACCUCCAGGGUUACAGAAAGACUUAGCAGAAGAGCUAACUUGUAAUUUGUUAAGUAGUGAAGUACCUCCAACAGCAGCAAUAGCUCGAUCACUGCCAACAGCAGUUCCAGAUUCCCCCUGUGUUCGUCCUGGCUUCACCCCGCAAACACCUCGCACCCCAAGGCUACAGGAUCCCAACAAAACACCCAGAUUCUACCCUGUCGUUAAAGAAGCACGAUCCACUGACGUAAAGACUCCAAGAAAAAGAAAAACCCGACACAGUACAAAUCCUCCCUUAGAAUGCCAUGUUGGUUGGGUGAUGGAUUCCAGAGACCACAGGCCAAGAACUGCCUCUCUAAGUAGUUCCAAUGCUUCGCCUUCAGAAGGAGCUCCACUAGCAGGAAAUUAUGGGUGUACCCCAAAUUCUCUUCCAAAAUUUCAGCAUCCUUCUCAUGAACUGUUAAAGGAAAAUGGCUUCACUCAACAGGUUUACCACAAAUAUCGUCGAAGGUGUCUAAUGGAGAGGAAACGGUUGGGAAUUGGCCAGUCCCAAGAAAUGAACACACUUUUUCGUUUCUGGUCCUUUUUUCUGAGAGAUCACUUUAACAAGAAAAUGUAUGAAGAAUUCAAGCAGCUUGCUCUAGAUGAUGCAGAAGAACACUACAGGUAUGGAUUGGAAUGCUUGUUUAGAUUUUACAGCUACGGCCUAGAAAAGAAAUUCAGACAAGAAAUAUUCAAGGAUUUCCAAGAAGAAACAAAGAGAGACUAUGAAGCUGGUCAGCUGUACGGACUGGAAAAAUUUUGGGCUUACCUAAAAUACUCUCAGCACAAGACUCCAGCCAUUGACCCCAAACUGCAAGAAUACCUUAGUAAAUUUAAGAGACUGGAGGACUUCAGAGUGGAUCCUCCCAUUAGUGAAGAAUCUGGCAGAAAGAGAGCAGUUGCUGCCACAGGUGAGGAUUCAGAUCAUCGCAGACAUCGCUCUAAUUCUUCUAAAACACUUGUUACGGCUAAACCCACGGCUGCCUGUCAGUCCCAGGCACUGGGAAACGUUACUGGUGGGAAUACUGUGCAAGUGUCCAUAGGCCGUAACAGUGCUGCCACAAAACCUAUAGAAAGUGAUGUACCGGAAAAAUAGACUUCAGAAGAGCUUGCGCCCUUGAGAAUCAACUUCUACAUCACUUUUUUUAAUUUGGAGAUCUUCAAGGCAAGCCAAUCUAAUACGUGAUUAAAAAUGUAUGGGAAGACAAAGGAUUGGAUUCUCUUUUUCACAGGAUUUAGUUCCAAAACACUUGCCCUAGGAGAGUUGCUCUUGGGUUUGGGAUCAUCGGAAGGAUCCUAGGGAAGAUUCUUUGGCUUCAGUAUUGCUUUUCCUCAAGCUUUUGUUUACAAAGAACUGCAUUCCUUGCAUAUGCAAAAAAAUACUUUGGGGAUGCCUUACAUUUCAGCUCAUAUUUCUUAAAAAAAAAAAAAA